GCAGGCAGCAGCCCGUGGAGCUGGGAAGGUGCCCUGCACGAGCUUGAGCUCGCAGCCAUGCUUUGAGAUAUGAGCUAUCGGCAUUCAACAGCGUCCGGGAAAUCUCUCUGGCUGUCGAGUUUCCAUUCGGCUCGAAUGGGCGCCCUCCCCCCCUCGGCUCGUCAAGACCACCUGUUGACGCUUUAAUUCAUGUCUUCGUGUUCCGGAUAAGGAUGUCGGCCGAUCGCGAAUCUUUCCACUGCUCUGCUCUACAUGCUCUGUAAAGAAGGAUCGGAUCCUCGACGAUUUGGAUUUGGACUCGGGACGAUGGUUGUCGACCUCGAGAGUUGAAGAGCCGACGAUUGAGAGCCCGAGGAUCGUGCAAUUGAGACCGAGAGUCGUGCACUUGCGGCGGAGAAGAAUGGCUGCCCUCGCGGAUUUGCAAGGAUUCGUCGCUUCGAGUAUCGCUCCAUCCUCCGUCGCUUGCACCAGAGGCAGUGGGAGGGUGUUGAAAUCCGCCGGUGUCGAUAGUGUUUGUGUAAUAGGGAGAAAUGUACAGAGUUCUGUGGACAGCCGAUGCGCUGCAGUUGCUGGUAAUGGAGGCAGAAUCGGGUUGCAAGGUUUAGAUUCGAAGGUGGGGCUGAGAUUCUGGUCGACCGAGCAGCAAUUGGGGAUUCGGGAUGACACUCAAGCUCAUCACGGUGUGAGGAGGAGGGCGUUAGCACCGCAGGCGGAUUGGGAGGCAGGGGCGGAGCCGAAGAAGAAGACGUGGAUUCCUCUGGAGCUGAUUGCGAGCGAAGCGGAGUUUGACAGAAUUCUUGGCGAAGCGCGAGAGCGCAACGAGGCCGUGGUCAUCGACUGGAUGGCUGCGUGGUGUCGGAAAUGCUUGUACUUGAAGCCGAAGCUUGAGAAGUUGGCAGCCAGUUACCACCCGAGCAUUAGGUUUUACUACGUGGAUGUCAACAAUGUCCCCCAAGCGCUCGUGAAGCGUGCAGCUGUGACAGACAUGCCCACCAUCCAAAUCUGGAGAGAUGGCGCACACCAAGCGCAGGUCAUCGGUGGUCAGCAAGCUGCGAUCGUCAUCGAUCAAGUUCGGGAUAUGAUCACCAAAAUCACCGUUCCCGAGUGACUUUGCUGAGCCUGUCAUUUGCACUACAUGAGCUCAUCCCAGCCCAUGAGUCGUCGACACAAAUUCAGCGAUGCAGUUGUCGAAGGACGACGUGCCAUCGUGUCUUCAGAGCUCGAAUGUGGCGAUUGAGCUUUGUCGACUUCACAUGUGAUCUAGAAUUGACAUCUCGAGCUAGCUCGUCGUCACCCGGUCACGAGCGGCUGUAGAAUUCACGCCCUUCGUACGCCUUUCGGCGCCCUUGUACGAUUGAGUCGGCCCUUAGGUUAGAGAGAGUAGCUAAUUGUCAAUUCGCGUUCGGAGGACGAGGCAUUUGUUGCCAGGCUGAACAUUGCUGAGGAUGUCAUUCGUCUGGCGAACUGGUAUGUAAAGAAUUUAGGCAGUGAGAACGAUGGUUUUGCAUGAACUCAUGGGUGGUGGUGUGUCGAGAAGAAGAGUCGAGUGGGUGAAAUCCUGGCUGCUCAAAUGCCCCCACCCUGUGAAAUCUUGGCUGCUCAGAUUCCUCGUUUGCUGUUUGGAGGGAUGAGCAGGCCGCCUCUCUGCUUUCAAGCCGAUCAGGUCAGAUCAUCAAAAGUGAAUUGUGAAAAGGAUCCUGAAAUCCUGGUUUUCUGUC